AUGAAAUCGCCCACAAUUGGCGGCGUGGACUUCGGAUUUACAACUGGCGGAACUGAGGAUCUUAUAGAUGGAUGGUUCAAUGAUGGCAUUGCGGAGUACUACUCCUUAAUCCUGCUCUAUGUAUUCGGCAUCUUGACAGAAGAUCAAUUUACACAACGGUUUAACUGGCGUAUUUCGAGCUAUUAUACAAACCCUGAUCGCGCAGUGCACAAUAAGGACGUGCAAGAUCGAUUCUGGCUUCCUGGACGCGUACAUCGGAUUCCAUAUCAGCGCGGGUAUAUGUACUUUGUACAGCUUGCCUACAAACUACACAACUUGGAGCUGGGACGACCCAUGGCACUAGGCGACUAUAAGGACAUGUCCAACGCGAAGCAAAUCAUACUACCAUCAGACGGUGCCGGAGUUUGGAUUUCGAACGGCAAAUGGAACCUUGAGCCAGUGGCACAAGAGGAGUUCUAUCUCGAGUUUCCAGAGGAGAAUCUUUCCAGUGAAUCUCGGGUGAUUAGAGGUUUGGACCUCCAGUCAAGAGCGGCAGAAGCUGGCUUACGAGAGGGCGAUGGGAUCACUUGGGGAUAUAGAUUUCUUGUUGAUGAAGAUGUUUGGCCAAAGUUGUUCACCAUGAAUGUGAGGGGAAGCAAUGAAGAGACACUACGUAAAAUCCACUUAAUGGCCUCGGAGCUGGCAUACGGUACAGAGUUAUCAGUUCGCUUGAUUACAUUUACACUGUAUAUAUGUUCAAUCAAUGCCACUACGCAUAUCUGUAGCACAGCAGCGUAUCAAGAACUUCUCGGGCUCGCAGCUCAGCUUUCAUCGACAUCGAAGUAUCGAGCUCCUAAUAAAGCACAAAUGAGAUGUCAACACUAA